CGCCCCCUGGUUUGACUUGUUUUUCAGUUGGGCUCUCGGCGUCUGCGGCUCUAGGCGGCGUGGGAAAGGACAGCAUGAACUUUACCCCGACGCAAUCCCCUGUCUGCAGAAAGCUGACGGCUCUCCCCAAGCAUGAGGCUGCCGGUGGCUUCAGUGGCCCCACCAGGUGGAAGGGGGUAUCUUUCUCCGAUUCCGUGCAGUCAACUCCCUUGCCUUCAGUGGAAGAUCGUCUGGCCGUCCUCUUCCCUUCUCAGGAGCUUCUAGAAUAUUAUCAGAAGAAGAUGUCUGAGUGUGAGGCAGAAAACGAGGGCCUGUUGAAGAAGCUGGAGCUGUACAGAGAGGCCUGCGAAGGGCAGCAUAAACUUGAACGGGAUUUGCAACAGAGGGAGGAAGAGAUUGCUGAGCUGCGGAAAGCUCUAAGCGACGUGCAGGUCUGCCUCUUCCAGGAGCGGGAGCAUGUCUUACGCCUCUACUCAGAAAACGACCGACUGAGAAUCAGGGAGCUAGAAGACAAGAAAAAGAUUCAGAAUCUCUUGGCUCUUGUGGGAACAGACAUUGGAGAAGUGACCUAUUUUUAUAAGGAGCCUCCCAACAAAGUCAGCAUUCUCCAAAAGACUAUCCAGGCUGUAGAAGUAUGUGAACAGAAUGAAUCUUCAGCUUUCAGAGCAGAUUCUAAAGGCAGCAGGAGAAAACCAGCAGUGAGACAGAAGGAGGAGAGUGCCCAGCUGCACCAGAGGGACGUGCAGACCCUCAUCCUGCAGGUGGAAGCGCUGCAGGCCCAGCUGGAGGAGCGGAGCAGGCUCUCACAGGAGCAGGUGGCGGGGCUCGUGGAGGAGAGGCGGAUCUGCAUGGAGGAAGUGCAAGCCCAUCAGCAGAGGGAUCGGGAGAGAGUCGCAGAGCUCACCAGAAAUCUCCAUCACACCAAGGAACUGCUCUAUGAGAGCACCAAAGACUUUUUGCAACUCAAAUUUGAAAACCAAAAUAAGGAGAAGUCCUGGAUGCUCGAAAAGGAUCAUUUGAUGUCAAAGAUUAAGCAAUACAGGGUGCAGUGUAAGAAGAAAGAAGAUAAAACUGGAAAAGUCUGGCCAGUUCAUGAGAGUCAUUACAACCAAAAUCAAUACAUUAAGUCCCUGAAGGAAAAGAUAGUACAAGAGAAAAAGCUGUCCAGCAUGUACCAAGAGCAGUGCAUUUCCCUAGAAGAGGAACUUGCCCAGAUUCGUGAGGAGGAGGGAGUGAGGAGAGAGAUCUUUAAGGACCGCACCAACAAGAUGGGGAGGCGUCUACAGGUCAUGACGAAACGCUACGAGGCCUUGGAGAACCGACGUGUCUUGGAAGUAGAAGGCUUUAAGACAGAUAUUAAGGCUCUCAAGCAAAAACUGAAAGACUUGGAGCAGAUGCUCUAUAAGGCAACACUUAACACCCGGGCAAACCAGGAUCUUGCCAUCCUGUGUGAGGUUCGUGAUAGCAACAGACGGGCACAUAAGAUACAGGGAGAACUGAAGAACCUCAAGUCCAAAGUAUUCAGCCUGGAGAAUGAACUUAGACUCUGCUGAUGUUUACUUUUUAGGAUUGGCACACGUCUGGAGUAGGUCUGCUUCCUGAAAUGUGAGGAAAAGGUCACCUUCUCCCAGAAACCGUAGGCACAGAGUUGUCUAGAGUAGUGGUACCCAUUGUUAUAAAGGCAAGGUGAAGAUCAGCUUUUUUUGCAUCCUAAGCUUUAUGAUUUUUGCUGUCCUGUUAACCUUUUCUGUGUGUUUUUUUUUUGGUGGGGUGGGGCUGGGGGUGUGAUUUGGUCUGGAUUAUAAUCUGAAUUACUUACAGACUUUCCCACAUUAUUUCUCCCAUUUAUAAUGACAGGGGUUUUUUUGUUUUUGUUUUUUUUAAGAAGACAGUGACAGAAAAGAAAGCAUUUUUGCUGUGAGCUUGGCUGAGUGUUAGUGGGAGGAGCGCCUACCCCAGGAGAUAAAGACUCCGGUCUCAGUUUGCCUUUCUUCUGGGCAGUGGGCAAAGGCUGCAAAUCACAGCCCGUCAAAUGAGAAUAGGCCGCAGUUCUGUCAGCCCUGAGCUGUAGGGCCUGAGUUCCUUUCUGGACACCCAAUCUCAGGAAGUUUCACCAGAGGGCACCAGAGGCCCUACUCUUAAGCAAAAUGUUUGUUUAGGAAAGGAAAGGUGCCACUUUAGUAAGCAUGAGUGAAACUUCAAUGAUCCUUGUAUGAAAAUUUCAGUAUUUUACCAGUACUAUGGUUUUUUAAAAACAAUGUAUAUAUUUUAAGUAAACUAUUUUUCAAUAAAGUAUAUAAUUGAAAAUAUUCUAUUGAGUUUUCUAUAAUUUCUUGUUAAAACCACGUUUAUACUUUAUUGAUGACUCAGUUUACUUACCUAGUCCAUGGUUUCUACAGUGCUGUACAAGUAUUAAAGUUCUCCUAAAUGCAUCCCUUGAAAUCGUCUCGUUUUGGAGGUAGCAAAGAUAGUAUAAGAUGACGACGCUAAAACCGUAUCCAUUUUUUCCAUCUCUGUCCUUUUUCUCGGCAAAUAGCUGUGCACUUGGGGCAAAGUCGUUGUGAAUGUACCUGGACAGCCUCUGGGAAUUCAGUUGGUCUUGGCUUAGUAUAGCAUCAUUCUGUUACCCACGACAAAGGAAAGAACUCAGGGUUUCAUACUUGUGUUAAGGAAAAGUGGUGAUUAAACUGUCAGUAGGAGAUACUGCUUUUUUUUUUUCCCCCAAAGCCUAUGAUAGCAGAUCAAGUGCCUUUCGCUAAUAAACUGAGACAAAUUCCCAGAGGGACCAGGGCUUCAGAGGGAUGUAUGUCAGUGGGCGGUGCUUCCUUUUGUCCUAAUAACACUUAAGGCCUUAGCUAUCCAUGACUGUUGCUGUUUUGAUGCUGGGCAAAACAAAAAGGCUUAUCAAAUCACAGGAUUUCAGAAUAAGAAGGAAUCUUAGAGAUUUUAUUUCAUAUGCGAUUUAGGCCUACCCCCACUGGGUUCAGCAGUGAGUCAAUAAGGUUUCUAGCACCCUGGCCUCAAUUCCAGCGACGUUCAUCGGUGUUCAUAUUAACCACACACUAGUGUAGCCGCUCUCUAAACCUCAUUGUCAGUUAAAGCUACUCCAUCACCAAGAGGCAGUAAAGAGUAGUAGGAAGAGCACAGGCUUUGGAGACUCACAGAUGUAGGUUCCGUCCAGCCUCUCACCAGAAUUCCAGGCUCUAGUCUCUACCUAAACAAUGGAGAUCAAGCUACCUGCUUAAGCAGGGUGAUUGUGAGGAUUAAGAAAGAGAAAAUCUAGUAGCGGGAGUAUGUAAAGAAUUCUUACAACUCAGCAAUAAAAAACAACACAGAAAGUGGCCCAGGGAUCCAAAUAGGCAUUUCUCCAAGAAAAUAUACAAACGGACAAUAAGCACAUGAAAAGAUGCUCAACAUUAGUUACUAAAAAAGUGGAAUCAGUAGACACCGCUUUACACCAACCAGGAUGGCUAGAAUAAACAAGAUAGUGCCAGCAAGGGUGUGGAGAAACUGGAAGCCUCAUGUAUUGCUGGUGGGAUUGUAAAUGGUGCUGCCACUUUGGAAUGCAGUCUAGCAGUUACCAAAAGUUAAACACGCACCAAACGGAAAAGGGUGAGGAGGGAUAAAUUAGGAGUUUGGGAUUAACAUAUACACACUACUAUAGAUAAAAUAGAUAACCGGGACUUCCCUGGUGGCGCAGUGGUUAAGAAUCCGCCUGCCAAUGCAGGGGACACAGGUUCGAGCCCUAGUCCGGGAAGAUCCCACAUGCCGCAGAGCAACUAAACCCAUGCGCCACAACUACUGAGCCUGUGCUCUAGAGCCUGCAAGCCACAACUACUGAGCCCAUGCGCCACAACUACUGAGCCCAUGUGCCACAGCUACUGAGUCUGCGCUCUACAGCCCGCCAGCCACAACUACUCGCAAGCCUGUGAGCUACAACUACUGAAGCCCAUGCGCCUAGAGCCUGUGCUCCACAACAAGAAAAGCCAUGACGAGAAGCCUGCGCACCACAAUGAAGAGUAGCCCCCGCUCGCCGCAACUAGAGAAAGCCCGCAUGCAGCAACAGACCCAACGCAGCCAGAAAUAAUAAACAAAUUUUAAAAAAAUAAAAUAGGUAACCAACAAGGACCUGUAUAGCACAGGGAGCUAUACUCAAUAUCUUGUGAUAACCUAUAAGGGAAAAGAAUCUGAAAAAGAGUAUA